AUGUUUUUUUUUUUUUUUUUACUUACAGCAUUCCUACUUCCAGAAGUCAAUGGACAAGUAAAGAGAUGUGUGGAAACACUAUACCCAUCAGGAUGCACAUUAGCUGAUUGCGGUCAAAAGUGUUAUGAGAGACACCAGCAAAUUAGUGGGCAAUGUAUUGGAAACGAAUCCAUGACUAAUUAUGCUUGUGUUUGCGUUUGGAGUUGUUGA